UUUUAUUUUGUGUGUGUGUACAUGUUCCUGAGGCGGCCAGAAGAGGGUGUCAGAUCACCUGGACCUGGAGUUACAAGUAGUGAGCUGCCCAGUGCGGUUGCUGAGAAAUGAACCCUCCUCCUCUGCAAGAGUAGCAAACACUUUUAACCACUGAACCAUCUCUCCAGCACAUCUUGCCUUCCUCAUAGUUUGUUCCUGAUCCUGUGCAUUUGGUUCUUUUGACCCCCAGAAACCUGUUUGGUUUGUUUGAGAAAUAAUUCUAAGUUGAUGUGUGAAAAUAUGUGUCUGGGAAGACACAUUGAGGAAAGAACGGGCACGUGCACAGAGGCCAGUUUGGGGGGAUUGGUUUUCAUGAGUCAAACUCAAGUCCUCGGGACGUGGCAGGUGCUUAUACUUGAUGAACCAUCUUGCUGGCCCUCUUUUUUCUUAAGAUAAGAUCUAGUUGUAGAUCCAGACUGGUCCCAAAUUCACUGCUUAGCCCUGGUCUCUAACUGUUGAGUCUCCUGCUUCAGUUUUCUGAAUGUUCAGACCACAGGUAUGGAGCCUCAUACCCAGCUUUAAAAUUCUUCCUAAAUUGUAUAAAUACUCUUUAAUUUGUGGAUUCACUGCGUAGAAUGUAAUACUAGGUUUUUGCAGUGAUACGGUGCUGGUAAUAGAGGUCCUCCCCACACACACCCUGAGAUAGGGUUUCUCUGUGUAGCUCCAACUGGCCAGGAACUCAUAGAGAUCCAUCUGCCUCUGUCUCCUAAAUAGUGGGAUUAUAGGUGUAUGUUACCAUGGAUGGCUAAUAUAUUUUGAACUUUGUAUAUGACUUUAGAAGUAAGGUACUUAGGAAACUAAUAAAAAUGUAUCAUUGUGGUUUAUCUAAAAAGAAGGAAUGCAAAUAAAAGUGGGAAGACAUUUCUUUUAAAUUAAGAUUUUACUGCACUGUGACUUUGUUUCAUCCUUAAAUGUUCACUUGAAUGAAUUCCCAACCCCGACCUGCGCACACAUAAAUCAGCGUGUGGGAUCUGGAUUUACAGGUGGCUAUGAGCCACCUGACAUGGGAGCUGAACCCAUGUCGCCUGGAAGAGCAGUAUGAGCUUUUAACUGCCGAGCCGUCUCUCUCCAAUGUAAAUGCUCCUUUCUUUUAUGCUUACUGAACAUUUAUUAAUAAUUAUAGCAAUAAUUUCUACCCCUUAUUAGUUGUCUGCUGUGUCUUGGCAGUAGUAUUUUGCUGCUAGGUACAUGUAUGAGUAUAUAAUCCCCAGCAUCAGCUCUGCAUAGUUGUAUUUUUGUAUAUAUAUAAGAAACAAAUAAUGAGAAAUUAUGUAAAUGUAGUGCUGGGUAUUUGCACAGAGAUCUAUCAUAGUAAAAAUCCAUAUUUUCUUCGUAUUACAGUCUGAAGUCCUUUAAGAAAAUGGGUUAUUUGUCAGAAUGAAAUGCUUGCAUAUUGAUCUGUUCCAAGCAGGAGCCGUAAGAAUGCUUGAUAGAGAAGCUGAGAAGCUUUUUUUACACGCCUCAGCUGGCAGGAAUACCACUGCUUUCUUGUUCCUGUGAGCCAAAUAGUGUUUGCUGCUCCCUGGGACUCGGGAGGUUCAGCUGUCUGUCAGGCCCUGCAGAAUUGUACGAGUAAAUGGGUCCAGUAAUUGGAAUGACUCCAGAUAAGAGAGCUGAGACACCAGGAGCCGAGAAGUUUGCAGGACUAAGUCAGAUUUAUAAAAUGGGAAGCUUGCCUGAAGUUGGGGAUGCUGCAAGGCCAAAGGCCACUCUAGUGGGCACUGACUCAGCAGAUGAUGAACUAACAAACUUGAACUGGCUUCAUGAAAAUAGUAAUCUUCUAACAAACUUCAGGCUUGGAAGUGAAGGUUUUCCAAUGGUUAGUCCGUUGUAUGACAUAGAGGGAGAUGAUGUGCCAGCCUUUGCACCAUCCUGCUACCAGAACCCAGAGAAAAAGUCAGCAACUUCAAAGCCCCCAUACUCCUUUAGUCUUCUCAUUUAUAUGGCUAUUGAACACUCUCCAAAUAAGUGUUUGCCUGUCAAAGAAAUUUAUAGCUGGAUUCUGGACCGUUUCCCAUACUUUGCCACCGCACCCACAGGCUGGAAGAAUUCUGUUCGGCAUAAUCUAUCCCUGAAUAAAUGUUUUCAGAAAGUGGAAAGGAGCCAUGGCAAGGUUAAUGGAAAAGGUUCCUUAUGGUGUGUUGAUCCAGAAUAUAAGCCCAAUCUUAUGCAGGCCUUGAAGAAGCAACCUUUUUCCUCUCCACAGAGUGGUUCUUUAUCACCUCACUACUUGAGCUCUGUUCUCAAGCAAAGUCAAGUGCAAACUCUUAAAGAAUCUGAUAUUGAUGCUGCCACUGCAAUGAUACUUUUAAAUACUUCAAUAGAACAAGAGAUUUUAGAAUGUGAGAAGCCGUCACUGCAGAAGAAGAGGGGUUACAGCAAUGCAUUCAGCGCCCCCGGCGCCGCGCGGCUGCAGGAGAACCAUCCUCCAGCCGCCAGCAUCGACCCAAAAGCAGACCACAAUUACAGUGCCAGUAGCAUGGCAGCUCAGCGCUGCGCAUCCAGGGCGAGCGUGUCUUCCCUGUCUUCUGUGGAUGAGGUGUAUGAAUUCAUCCCGAAGAGUAGCCAUGUGGGAAGUGAUGGCAGCGAGGGCUUCCACAGUGAUGAGGACACGGAUGCUGAUGAUGAGGACGAUCGUCUGGGAGACAGCGGCUAUGCACCACGAGCUCAUGAAGACAGUGCUCCCGAAGGACAGCCAGGCAAAAAGAAGCAGAAACAGUCGUGUCAGGAAAUUGAUGAGGAACUCAAAGAAGCAGCAGGGUCACUGCUCCACCUUGCUGGAAUCCGAACCUGCCUUGGUUCCCUCAUAAGUACUGCGAAGGCACAGAGUCAGAAACACCGGAAGAAGUAGGAAUACUUACUAAAGUGUGCAAUACUCUUCUACUUAACUCUUCACAAGGGAUAUCAGAGCCAUAGCGGACUUCUUAAGCUUGAGGGUAGGGGAGGAGUGCCACUGUUUCUUUCUAAAUAGUUUUUGGUUGCUUUUCAUUUUUUGUUUUGUUCAAUUAAACAAUUGCUCUUAGGAUCAUGACUAAUUGUAAAUCUGAUAUAAAGACCCCCAAAACAAUUUCUGUGAAUAAGUGUCUCCUAGAUUUGGAAAAUUUUGUGUAAGAAAAUUCUCAGUCUCUGUCUUAAACUUGUAGGGGGAAAAAAUCAAUCUCUUUUGUUAAUUGGUCAAAUAUAAGAAUUGCUAACUCGGUAUUUUCACUUUUGUUCCCAUUCUAUAGGUAACUGUAGUUACUUAUGUAGCUAAGCACAGGCUGGCAUCUUCUCACGUGCUCCUCUCCUGACGUAAUCCAGAGGUGAAAUGCACGUCUUUUGUCUUAUUCUUGUUUUAAGUUAUUCUUUGUUGCAGCAUGAGCAUGACCAAACAUCAGUGGAAAAGAUCCUAGAUGCCUAGAAGGUUCUCUGGUUUGUAGGGGUGUGGCUCAUCUCCAGAUGGGAAUUCCUAUUGCAAUAUUAUCUUUGAAAUGUUCUUACCUCACAGUUAAUGCACAACGUCACUGGGGCCUUUCCCCUUUCCCAGAGUACUUUGCAAGUGGUGUUUAAGUUUUAGCUACUAGCUGUCUUUGUUAAGUAAAAAUUGUCCAGCGAGCGGAUACAGUCGGAGUGUGUCAUGGGGUAACAUACACCUUUACACACUUUAAAAGAAUUUUUCAUUUGUUUUCAAAACAUAGUGUGAUGAAAUAUUGGGAAGAAAUGUAACAUCUUAAGUAAAAGUAGGUCAUUGAGGACAAAACUUUCCAAGCUUUAUAUAAAUUAAAGUUAUAUGUGUAAUGAAUAGACUUAAAACAUUUGCUAGGAAACUGUAGAGAUAAACACCUUCAGGGAUUUCAAAAUAGGUAUAAAAAUUAAAUCUUACACAGAACUUUUUAAGAGGCAAUGUAAUACCUCUAUGUGCCAUUAAUCCAUGCUAAAAUAUUUUAUAUUACUAUUCCAAACGGGCAUUGGCUAAGAUAGUUUACGUAUUUGAACAAAACUGCUUAUAUGAGACAGUUUUCAUAUCACAGUUUGAUUAUAGCAUUCAGAACAGGGAUACUAAUGUAACUCACAAAUAUAUUUUUUUACAGUGGUGGGAGAAACUUUGGGAAAGUUUAGUCUUAUUUCAUGAUGCACCCUGUAUCCCAGACAGUGACCUUCUUUGCAUUUUUCUAAUUUAUAUGCAUAGAUACACUUGCUGUAUGCACACAUAUACAGGCUCAGGUUAGUUUCCUGCUUUGAAAUGUGUUUUUGACUACAAAGCAUUUCUUGGAUUUUUUUUUAAAGACAAAUAUUUCAUUUUUACUUCUAAAUUUUAUUUGGGCAAAACUGUCAAAUGAGAAGAAAAACUAAAGCAUGUUUCUUAACCGACCAUACUUUCAGCUUUGACAGCAUUAAUACACUCUUGUUUCCAUGUUAGUUAUAAUUAAAUCUGGAUAGCUGUAGUAAUGGAAUGGGUGCUACUAAAAUAUUGACAUUUUUCUUUUAUUGAUAAUGCAGGAUGAGGAAUUUUAAAUCUUCCUCACUCAUAAAUGUUAUUUCUCCUAAAGCCAGCUAAGUGAAGAUAGUCUUUUACUGCAGACAGUAAAUACAGUCCCAGCUGAAAGUCUGCUUUGCCGUGGUGUCCGUCAUACAGAGGCUACAAAGCUCAGUUGAGUAGCACAGUGUUUUGAAGCAAAUCACCAUGGCCUUCUGGACUGGGCUCACACAGUGUCCAGGAUCUGUUCUGAAAUUCUCUACAAGUGUUUCUCCAAGUUCCUGUCUACUAGCUGUAAGUAGAGGAAAUGACCUGAAGUAGGAGGAGAGAAUUGUUCUUCGCUCAAAGAGACCUCUUCAAAAUGCCUUUUAGGCAGUAACUGAAAUUCUUUUCUUUGCCUCUUCAGCGGACUCUUUUUUAAAGCUGUAGCCAUUAGCAAAGCUGAUGACUGCCUGUGCACCAACAGCCGCUCCCUAACAGUUUGCACUUAGUUCUUGUGUGGAAUUCAGUGUCUCGUUCUCCAUGUGCUGUUGUGUCCGGGCAUCCAUCUCAAGGGGAGAGCCUUCUUCACACAUCCAUCUCAAGGGGAGAGCCUUCUUCAUUCUGGCCCCUUGUGGUGUUCUCGGGGAUCACGCUCCUGCUUGGAGACGUAGCUGGAAGCUUCCAGUUAAGGAAGUCAUUCCAAACCUCAUGGACUGGAAAUUCCCAGUUAACACACUUCAUGUAAUAAACACAACCUAGAAACCCAGGGACAGCAUCCACGUUACGUUAAACUUGUUUUAGCUAAGGUAUACUUUGUCUUAUAUCAGAAUAAGAAUUUUGUUGCAGCCGUUUCAGUUUUAAUGGAUCCCUAGUAAAAGCUGUGUCUUGGCACUGUUAUCUUUAUUUUCCACAUUGCCAAGAGAAUCAGUGUUUCUUGAAUACAUCUUUGAAAUUUGUUUGUGCAAUAUAUUACUAAACUAGUUGAUCUUUUGCUUUUUAAUUCAGGAUGAAAACAUUGCCUAGAUCAGUAGGAAAGCAAGGGGUGCGGCACCCCUUUCCCACCUUGCCUGUUCUUGGAGCCAGCAUGACUUAUUAGAUUCCUUUGUAUAUUGUAAAGUUGAGCAUCUCUAUUUUUUCCACUGUUUGAGGCAUUUGUAAAGGGUUCCUACUAGAUGGUCAGUUAAUACACACACGUCAGCCAGUUCAAAGCCAGAGCAAGUGUUAAGGCAACGUCUGUAUGUUUGUAGACUAGGAGGCCUUUCAUAGCAACUUGGGCUGCAGGUGGGAGUGCUCCCUAAAGCCUCCAAACUGUUACCCAAAAUAGAAGUCUGCAUGUUUGUAGACUGGGGGGCCUUUCAUGGCAACUUGGGCUGCAGGUGGGAGUGCUCCCCAAAGCCUCCAAACUGUUACCCAAAAUAGAAGACUACUUAACACCCUUCAAAAAUCAUAGCAUUUUCUAAACCAACUUUUGAGGCUUUCUAGUUUAUAUAUGUGUCAUAGGGUUUUUUUUUCUUUCUUACUUUGAAAUGUGUAAGUUUUGAUUAAAGUUUACUCCAGUGUGUUAAUGAUGUAGUCAAAUAUUUAUUGAAAGGCAAAAUAGAGUAUUUUAUGUUAUACCUGCCAUUUUUCAAGAAUAUUCUUUGCAUCUAACUGCCAGUGCCAUUAUCAAACUUGUUUUCAAAAAUUGUACUUUUUUAUUAAACAAAGUGCUUAAUUUUAAAGUAUUAUGUUGCCAUCAUAUAGUGUAUAAAAUGUAUAAUUGCCAAUUCAUUGUAACUUAUUUAUUUUUAAAGAAAAGUAUAAGAAUACUUUCUGAGUAAAGAAAUUUGUUAUUAAAUUGUUUCCUCGUUUCUGAUGUAGCUAAAAACUUCUGAGUUUAACUGCAGAUAGAUGACCAGCCACAAGUGAACCUCUUCUCAGUUGCCAGUCUUUGCUCAUAGUAAAACAACUUACAAAUGUUUAGUUUUUGUAUCUAAUCUCUGACUCUUAAAAUGUUUAUAAAGUUUAUUUUUACCAAAGAGAUGCAAUUCAUUAUGAUAAAAUUGCAGAGUAAAUGUCGUUUUUUAACA